CUACCGCCGUCCAAAAUAGACUUCCACUUCAUGAUUUGCAUGCUCAAAGAGAAAUCGAUAACCAUGAUAGUGGAAAAACCAUGGUUACUUUUGUCUAAUACAGCUCAUAAUUUAACCAUAAAGACUACCAUAUAUAAUACAGCUCCUCUACUACGCUGCUUUUGUUGCUAACUUCCAUCUUCAAUUCGAGUGUGAGCUGAAGCUGAAUCGAAUCUAAGCUAAGGAAAGAGAAAUGGCUGCUGCAAUUGUGGGAGAAGCGUUGCUCUCAGCUGUUGUGGAAGCUUUAGUUGGCAAGAUCUCCACUGAGAUUUCGGAGUUCUAUCAGAGCAAGAAACUUGAUGAAUCGCUGCUUGAGAAGCUUAAAUUGACGCUGCUUAGUCUUCAUGCUUUUCUGGAUGAUGCUGAGGAAAAGCAGAUCAAGAUUGCUUCCGUGAAGGCAUGGCUUGAUGAACUCACUCAAGUUCUUUUUGACGCCGAUGACUUGAUCGACGACAUCGCCACCGAAGCUCUCCGUCGCAAAGUGGAAGCCCGCUAUCAUCAAACUGUCAGUUCUAAGGUCCGAAAGGUCUUCUCCUCUCCUUUUAAGUGGCCUUACCGAGAGAUUAAUUCCAAGAUGCAGAAGUUGUUUGAAAGAUUAGAGCACUUUGCAGAGAGAGCACACAACCUUCCAUUGGAAAAAGGUGUUUCUAGCAAUGUUUGGCGUGCAACACCUACAAAUUCUGCUGUUGAUGAUUCUGCUAUUUGUGGGAGAGAUGACGAAAGAAAGAAUCUUCGAGAGUAUUUGCUGUCAGAAGAUGUUGUUACUGAUGGUGGCAGUAAAAUAGGAGUGCUUGCCAUUGUUGGCAUGGGAGGGCUCGGGAAAACGACCCUGGCUAAACUCUUAUACAAUGAUGCUCAAGUUAAAGAAAAGUUUGAUGUGAAAGCAUGGGCAUCUGUCUCCAAAGAUUUUGAUGUUGUCAAGUUGGCAAAAUCUCUUCUUGAAUCUGUCACAUCUGCAGCAACAACUUUGGAUAACUUCGAUACCUUGCGAGCAGAAUUGCAAAAGAAGUUGUCGGAUAAAAGAUUUCUGCUUGUGUUGGAUGAUAUAUGGAAUGCACGGUAUGUUGAUUGGACCAAUUUGAUGCACAUUUUUAAUGUUGGGCAAAUGGGAAGCAAAAUCAUUGUUACAACUCGACAUCAAAAUGUUGUGGAUAUUGUAAAAGCUAUGUGGACCUGCCAUCUGGAACCACUGGCAAAUGAAGAUUGUUGGACUUUACUUUCCAAACAUGCAUUUAGAGCACCCAAAUGCACUGAACUGUCAUCCAACCUUGAAGAAAUUGGUAGAAAAAUUGCCCAAAAGUGUGGUGGCUUGCCAUUAGCUGCGGUUGCUGUGGGGAGUCUUCUUAGCACAAAGUUAUCAACCGAGCAGUGGAGCAAAGUGUUAAACAGCAACCUUUGGCAUCUGACAGGGGAGGAGGUGCAACCGGCUCUUUUAUUGAGCUAUCAUUUCCUUCCAGCUUCUUUGAAACAAUGCUUUGCUUAUUGUGCAAUUUUCCCAAAGAACUCAGAGCUGCACAAAGAGAAGUUAGUUCAGCUAUGGAUGGCACAGGGAUUUGUUUAUGUGUCCCAAAAUGAGAAAAGCAUCGAAGAAGUAGGCGGUGAAUACUUUGAUGAACUAGUGGCAAGGUCAUUGAUACGACGUUCUGCGGAUGGGGAACACUUUGAAAUGCAUGACCUCAUCAACGAUUUGGCAACCAUGGUUUCUUCCCCAUAUUGUAAGAGGCAUGACAAUGAAAUGCAACUUGGAAAUCUAAACAAAAUUCGUUAUUUAUCUUAUGAUAAAAAUAUGUUUAACCAUUUUGGCGAACUUGAUUCCUUUCAUGGAUUGAAAGGUCUUCGUACACUCCUAGCAUUACCGUUUGAUGAUCCCUACCGGAGGCAUUACCUAGCGAAUGGGGUAUUGCAUGAGUUGUUGCUAGCAUUGAAACAGUUGCGGGUGUUAUCCCUGUCAGACUACAGGAAUAUCACUGUUUUGCCGAAUUCUAUUGGUGAUUUAAAGCAUUUGCGAUACCUAGAUCUAUCUUGCACUCCAAUUGAAAGGUUGCCUCCUGCAAUAUGCAAGCUCUACAAUCUACAGACCUUGUUGUUGUCUCAUUGUAUCCAUCUUACUGAGUUGCCUGAGGAGGUGGGAAAAUUGGUGAAUCUACGCCACCUUGCUAUUGAUUAUUGUCGGGUUCUUACUAAGUUGCCUGAGGAGAUGGGAAAAUUGGUGAAUCUACGGCGCCUUGAUAUUGAUGGUACUGAUUUGCAGGAGAUACCCGUAGAAAUAGCCAGACUAGAAAAUCUGCAAAGUCUGAGUGGUUUUAUUGUCAGCAAACAACAACAUGGAGUGAAGCUUGCAGAAAUGAGAAAAUUUCCCAAUUUACAAGGUAAACUCUGCAUCUCAAAACUAGAAAAUGUUAUUGAUCCGUCUGAUGCUUGUCAAGCCAAAUUGAAGGAGAAAAAGCAAAUUGAGGAGUUAUCAUUGGAAUGGAGUCAUUCCAUUUUGGAAGACUCCCAUCAAGUUGUACUUGAACAUCUGCAGCCCUCAACAAAUUUGAAGAAAUUGACUGUUAAAUGCUAUGGUGGAACUUGUUUCCCAAAUUGGUUGGGUGAUUCCUCGUUUGGCAACAUAGUGCGUUUGAUUAUUGAAGCUUGUCAUCAUUGUUCUUCUUUGCCACCUCUUGGACGACUACACAGUCUAAAAGAACUCUUCAUUUGGGAUAUGAGAUCAGUGAAGAGUAUUGGGUCUGAAUUUUAUGGAGGUAAUUCCCCUUCAUUCCAACCGUUUCCCUCGUUGGAGACUUUGACAUUUGAUUUGAUGGCAGAGUGGGAGGAAUGGAAGAUGAUAGAUGGUAUAACUACUGAGUUCCCCCGUCUAUCACACCUAUCUCUGAGAAGCUGUCCGAAGCUGAAAGGAAAUUUAUCCAGCAAUCUUCCUUGCUUGGUUACACUUGAAGUAGAGGAUUGUUGUGUACUGGAAUCAUAUUUUUCAGGAGAAGUGGAUAACAGAAACAUAAUGAGACCAUUGAAUCUAUUCAAUUUUAACUCUCUUCAAGAUUUAUAUCUCCUUCGAAUUCCUUCUCUGACGUCCUUCCCGAGCAAUGGUCUGCCCAAAGCGUUAAAGAAAGUUUUUAUCCUAGGCUGUGAGAGCCUUGAAUUCCCAAGUCAUGAGUUCCUUCAGAGUUGCAAGGCACUUGAGGAUUUGUCCAUAAUCAGUAGCUGUUGCUCGCUGAAGUCAUUUCCCUUAGGUUCUCUCCCAGUGCUCAAGCGUCUCGAGCUUUCGGAUUGUAAAAAAUUGAAAUCAAUUUCAAUUUUGGAAGAAGAAGCAGCAAGCCAAUCUCUCAUGUUUCUUGAACAUCUCCAAGUAUAUGAGUGUCCUGAACUGGAGUCGAUUUCCCUACCGGAUUCGUCCACUCCUAACCUGAGUUCUUUUGAGGUAGUAAAAUGUGACAAGAUUAAUUCAUUACCAGAACCUAUUAAUAAUCUCAGCGGCCUCCAAACAUUAAAUAUUUUUGAUGUUCCGAAUUUGGAAUCCAUUGCAGAAGAGGGUUUGCCUAUCAAUUUAAGGACACUAGGUGUCGGCAAUGUGAAAGGGGUGUAUUCCACUAGAGCUAUCACCAAAUGGGGCUUGGACCGACUCACUUCUCUUUCAUAUUUGAGUAUUCAAGGUGAAUAUCUGGUUAAGAAGCUGAUGGAAAUACAAGUGCCCCUGUUGCCCAAUUCUCUUCAGAGCCUAACCAUAGAAGGUGCACGUGAAAUACAAGAUUUGGAUGGGAAGUGGAUUCAGCAUCUCACCUCUCUCAAAACUCUCCGGUUGUAUGAAUGUGACAAGCUCAAGUCAUUGCCAAAAGAAGGGCUGCCUUCCUCAAUUUCACGUCUACAACUUGAGGGUUGCCCAAUGUUAAAAGCAAGUUGUGAGAGAAAGAAAGGGAAAGAGUGGCCCAAGAUUGCUCACAUCCCACGCAUACAAUUCGACUAUCUUUGGUACCUGCAAGUGCUGUAAACAAGUGAGCCUCCAACUUUUAGUAGUCUGAAACCGUUACUGAGAAGAUUCAACUGUGGAAACAAAAAGAGUAGCCUAAGAUUGCGCACAUCUCAAACAUAACUUAUGUAGAAAAUUAACUUUCAGCAUAGCUGGCACCUUGUAUAUCUAUUACUUAGUUUAUGUUCCUGUUACUAGAUCAUACAUAUUACCAGCUAGUAAAGUCUUGUAUAAAUUUGAUUUUGUAUUCAUAUCUCAGUUGAAAACAUUUUAGAAUUAAGUCGUAUAUGUAUUAUUGGAUAACCAGAGACAAAUUUCAAUUUGAUGAGGAUGAGAUUGGUUUCAUGUUCAACUCUAACUUGAAGUUUCUGUUAUAUCAUUCUCUUAUAAUUUCCAAGUGGCGCAAAAUUCGGAAUCUGUUAUAUCAUUUUGGAUAGUAAAAGAAGUGCCACUCUGAGCUGAAUUGCUAGUUUAAUGACAAUAAAAUUUCUUUACAUUCUUAAUAUUUAGAAGAACAA